AUGGAUUUUCUGCAGCAGGUGAAUGGAAAUAUUUGUGUCCCAUCUGAAAGCUGGGCGACAAAUGGAUCACAUUCAGAUCAAGCCAGGGGUUUCUUCAGAGCAAUGCUGACUUCUGAUGCUGCCAUCAAUGCUCUGAUCGCCGUCUUUCUGGCUUCAUACUGUGUGACUUUGCUCAUCAAUGGUUCAGUCCUCAUCGUCCUUCAGAAAUCGGAAGAGCUUUCCUGGCAGCCCCGGUUUAUUUUGGUGAAGAACUUGCUCAUCUGUGAUCUGCUCUUAAUUUCUGUUAUAGCACCUUCCUCGCUGUAUGCGUUAAUGAAAAGGCAGACCGUUCAGUUUGGCAUCGGGUGCCUGGUGCAGUACACUUUCGGGACAAUAUGUAUCGCUUGCAUGUUCUACACUUUAACUUUAAUGGCUGUGGAGAGAUACAUGUACAUCUGCCACGCUAUUCAGUACAUCAACAUUCUCACCUCAAAGCGGAUCAAACUGAUCAUUUCUGCCAUUUGGCUCGUGUCGUCUGCCCUGUGUGUGGUGCAUGUCAUCCUGCUCAUUUCCAGUCCCAUUCCUGAAGAGAAAAUCACAAUGGGUUUACUCUGUGACCCUGACACUCUGGAACGGUAUUUGGGAUACCCUCCGGCUGCAGCCAUCUUCCGAAAAUCCUGGGGGCUUCUGUCUCUGGUCACCUGUCUCUUGACUUAUGCUGUCUCUUACUGCAGCAUGUAUAAGGAAGCGAGGAACGCGGUGGAGCCGUUCAACCACACCAAUGAGAGAGCUCGCAACACUCUCAUCUUCUACGGGGCCAUGGUAAUACUACAGCUCACUCCUUAUCUGUUGCAGGCCCUCAUAGAUUUUUUUGUCAAAAUGAGUAGCAACACUCUUCAGGACCAGAAUACAGGAAACAGGCUACAUCUUACUUUGCUGCUCUUAAUUUUGUUGCCACCCUGUGCCAACCCAGUCAUCUAUGGAUUCCGAAACAAGGAAGUGCGCAACGCCAUUCCAAUGAUGCCCCAUGGAUCAGUGAGCGUCUUGGACUAA